GCAUAAUCAGCAUUUUCCUUUUUUCUAAGGUGUCUAUCUGGUUCUAUAAGGAGGACAAAGCUUAUAUGGAUUGGGCAGAGAUUAGGAUUGUACCUCUUGAGCUCUCACUAGACGUGGAUGCUGACAGAGAUGGUGUUGUGGAGAAAAACAACCCAAAUCAGGCUUCCUGGAAAUGGGGUCCUGAUGGGCAUGGAGCUGUGGUUUUGGUAAACUGUGACAGAGAACAUUAUGUAUACUAUCGAAAACCAGACUGUCAACUCAAAGACGAGAAACAAGAUCAUAGAACUCUUAAGGACUGUGCAACCAUGCUUCUGCGGAUCAACGGCCCUGAGUUACUCGUUGCGCGUUACAAACUUGUCAUGCAUAUCUCUGAGAGAGAUUCAGAGUAUAUUCGAGUCUACCGAGAUGAGACCGAGGACGAGGACUACAUUACUAAGUCCAAAGCUCCUGAAUUUAUUAGAAAAUAUACAUAUGAUUAUCCACUGGUCCUGAGCAGCGAGGUGCUGUCUCAGGAACUUCCUCAACUUGAACGCGCUCCUCAACUCAAAUUUUAUGUGGAGGGCCUGAGGUUUCCUGACAAGGAUUUUGACUGACUCGUAACCAUCAACCUCAGCUUAGUGAGGAGGUUAGGUCAGGACGGUCCUGACAUGCCUGUUUUCACAGACAAAGUGGUGUUUAGAGUUUCGCCAUGGAUCAUGACGCCCAACACCCUCGAGCCUGAGGAGGUGUUUGUCUGCAGUACAUCUGAUAACGCGUUCCUCAAAGAAAUUAAGGACCUUGUUGACAGGAGCGGACACCAGCUGAAGACCGUCGAAAAACGCAGGAACAGAGGAGACCGCUGGAUUCAAGAUGAGAUAGAAUUAGGCUACGUUGAUUCGCCCUAUCACAGGUUUCCUGUUGUUCUGGAUUCACCUAGAGAUGAAAAACCUGAUGAUUAUCCCUAUCAUGGUAUCGUGGGGCCUGACUUUGGUUAUGUGAAAAGAGAUGCUGACAGAGAUGCUGUUAGCAGUCUGGACUCCUUCUGUAACCUGAAGGUCAGCCCUCCUGUGACGGUGAAUGGGAAAAAAUACCCUCUGGGCAGAAUGCUCAUUGGGGUUGCCUUCCCAAAGAACACAAAGGGAGAAAACAUGACCAGAGCCGUUCAAGACUUCUUGUGGGCUCAGAAGGUUCAGGAACCUGUGGCCUUGUAUGCUGAUUGGCUCGUCAUCAGCCACAUCGAUCAAUUCAUGACUUUUGUUCCUGCUCCUGACAGAAAGGGCUUUCGACUGCUGCUGGCCAGCCCACACGCUGGCUACAAAAUAUUCCAAGAACUUAAGAAUGAUGGGCAUGGACAAGCCAAAAUCUUUGAAGGUUUGAAAGAUGAGGAGCCAGUGACAGUGGAUCGUAUCGUGGAUAACGACAGGCUCCAUUUUCAAAAUCAAAAUGUGCAGGACUGCAUUGACUGGAACAGGGAUGUGCUGAAGAAAGAGCUGGGCCUGGAUGAGGAGGAUAUUAUUGACCUGCCAAUCCUUUUCAAGCUGGUGACUAAGGAUAAUGAUGAAAGAGCAGUGGCCUACUACCCUAAUAUGGUCAACAUGAUUGUCUUGGGGAAACAUCUUGGCAUUCCGAAGCCGUUUGGCCCCAAGGUGAACGGCCGCUGUGUCCUGGAGGCCAAAAUGUGCUCCCUGAUGGAGGGCCUGGGUCUAACCUGCACGUUCAUUGAGGACCUUCCCUCCUACCACAAAAUGGGAGAGGUGCACUGCGGCUCCAACGUCCGUAGAAAGCCGUUUGAUUUCAAAUGGUGGAAUGUUGAGCUGUGAAUGAAACACUGAAGCUAAGAAAAUCCAGGUCUACAUUCUUUUGGGAUUUAGUUAAAGUUGUUUCGGUAGUUAUAGGUACAGAAAAUGCUGUUUUAUGUCAGAGCAAAGCCUUUUUUGAAUUAUAAUUAGAUGUAACUGAAAAGCAAUUCCCCGUUUCUACCACUUGAAUUCUUCAUAUUUCCAGGGGCUGAACCCUUUGCAACACUUGCACUGCAGUAAACCUGGUGUGGCAUAAAAGGAGUGCUUAGUAAUCAUCCAGGCUGAACAGCAUGUUUGUUUCUAUCUUGUGGAAAUAGAAUUUACAAUCAGAGCAAAGGUAGUUUUGUCAUUAAAGCUAAAAACCAUGAAUAUGAAUGCAAUCACUUAAUCCUCAGUUAGGCACCAACUGCUGCCAAGGACGACCUGAAAGAUAAUUUUCUAAAAUCAUCACCAAGAGAUUAAAAAGUACCACAUAUCAGUAAACAAAGGUGUUCCCAUUAUAUUUGUGAUUAAUUAACUGGACAUGCAUGCUUAAAUAAAUCAAAUGCUCCUAUUACACACGCCGACAGGUGGGGACAAACAGGUUAAUUGCCCCCCCCCCCCCCCCCCCCCCCAAUCCAGAGUUUGAAUUAUCCAGCUCUGUAUCACUUCAUCAGGUGGCUAACACUGUUAAAAUAGAAAGAAGUGAUCCUGAAAUAAUCGUAUAUCAUUUUAGCAUAGAAUAUGAUUAAUGUUUAAAUAUCUUUAUGUACACUGAUCGUCUUUUUAUCUAAGUAUUUCUUUUAUUAUCUUUAGUAUAAUAAUCAAAUAAGCAUUUAUUUGACACUUUAUUCAGAUUGUGGCAAUUUUGGCCUUCUACAGUUAUAAAGCAUGUUUUUUCUGUCAACAUUGAAUAGGAGUCAUGUUGUUUUGGUGCAGCAGUAAAAACCUAUUUCCUCUUUUUUUUAUUUUGUAGGAUAGAUAAGUAUUUUUUUCCCCCUGUAUCAGAUAUUUUCAAAUCAGUAGACUCUCAUUCUUUGCAGGAAAUAAAUCAGCAUUUCAGAAGAAAUAACUCCAGAACUAGUGGUGUUCAUAUUUAUUUUUAAUAACCCUUUUUUUUUUUUUUACUUAAUUUACAAAAAAAGAUGAAAAGCAAUAUUUAAAAACAAGUCCUUUUUUGAACAAGGGUUUAAAGCAAACAGUUCACAAAAAACAAAUAUAAUAAUUGGACUAAGCACAGCAGUUUUUUUUGUUUUCUGCCAGUGUUUAAGUGGCUGACAGAUGAUUGAUGGGACCAUAAAGCAAUGUGCAAUAACAACAUAGAGCCACAAGAGGGCAGACUUUAUCUACUUAAGUCUUUUCAACAGUCAACUUUUUCUUUUGAAAUCUAAAUUCUGUUUUUAUUUUUGCCUCAUCUAAUAUGUUUUUACUGUUAUCCUAUGCCACUUUGUUUACUAUAAAGAGCUUUAAUGAAUAUAAUAUAAACUUAUGGGUGCUCUAUCUUUACUUUGGUGUCUUAAACCCCUUUUUUUGUAUGCAAUAUAAAUGUUGUAACCUGGAAACUACAUAAUAAAUAUCGAGGGAUCAAUUAACUGAAAUAUA